AUUCGACGACCAGACUUCGCAACUUCUCCACUUCACUCCGAGCUUGCAGACCGGUCGAGAUGGCCAAAGUCGAUACUACUGACAGGCUCAAUCGGCUUCGGAAGCUGAUGAGCCAGCACAAGGUAGAUAUCUACAUCGUGCCAUCUGAGGAUGCUCAUUCGUCCGAAUACAUAGCUGCCACCGAUGCCCGACGAGAGUUCAUUUCUGGCUUCACGGGAUCUGCUGGUACGGCAAUCGUAUCGCUCGACAAGGCUGCUCUCGCCACGGAUGGACGAUAUUUCAAUCAGGCCGGUCAGCAGCUGGAUGAUAAUUGGGAGUUGUUGAAGCAAGGCUUGCAAGACGUUCCAACAUGGCAGGAAUGGACAAUCGAUCAGGCUGAGGGAGGCAAGACUGUUGGUGUAGAUCCGACGGUUCUGACGGCACCUGAAGGUCGGAAACUCGGCGAGAAGAUCAAGAAGAAGGGCGGUAAAGAGCUGGUAGCGAUCGCAGAAAACCUGGUCGACCAGGUAUGGGGCAAAGACAAGCCGGCGCGACCCAACGAACCCGUUAGAGUGCUGGGGACCGAAUAUGCUGGCAAGCCGUUUCAAGAGAAGAUCGAAGAACUGCGGAAGGAGCUCGAGAAGAAGAAAGCCGCGGCGUUUGUUGUGAGCAUGCUGGAUGAGAUUGCAUGGCUGUUCAAUCUUCGGGGCAACGACAUCCCGUACAACCCGGUCUUCUUCUCCUAUGCUGUGAUCACGCCCGAGGAGGUGACGCUAUACAUUGACGAGACGAAGCUACCGGGGGAUGCCAAAACGCAUCUUGAAGGGGUAAACAUCCGUCCAUACGAAAGCAUAUUCUCGGACAUCACUGCUUUGGCUGCAUCAGAGCCAUCAACGAACGGCUCGACAAAGUCCAAGCGGAAGUAUCUGCUCUCCACCAAGGCCUCAUGGGCACUCUCCCGCUCGCUGGGCGGCGAGGAAAACGUCGACGAAGCUCGAUCGCCAAUCGCAGAUGCCAAAGCCAUCAAGAACGCAACAGAGCUGGACGGCAUGCGCAAUUGCCACAUUCGCGACGGCGCAGCUCUGAGCGAAUACUUCGCAUGGCUCGAGAACGAGCUUGUCGCGAAGCAAAACACCACUCUGGACGAAGUCGCCGGCGCCGACAAGCUUGAACAGAUCCGAAGCAAGCACGACAAGUUCGUCGGCCUGUCCUUUGACACAAUCUCCUCAACAGGCGCGAAUGCCGCUGUGAUCCAUUACAGUCCUCAGCCUGGUAGCUGCAGCAUCAUAGACAAGGACAAAAUCUACCUCUGCGACUCGGGUGCUCAAUUCCUCGACGGCACAACCGAUACCACCCGCACGCUACACUUCGGCACACCCACAGAUCAAGAACGCGAAGCAUACACCCUCGUGCUGAAAGGUCACAUCGGUCUCGAACUGGCGGUCUUCCCCAAAGGCACCUCUGGCUUCGCUCUCGACACUCUCGCUCGGCAACAUCUCUGGCAAUACGGGUUGGAAUACCGCCACGGUACCGGCCAUGGCGUCGGCUCAUUCCUCAACGUCCACGAAGGUCCCAUCGGCAUCGGCACGCGAAUCCAGUACUCAGAAGUACCACUGUCAGUAGGCAACGUCAUCUCCAACGAGCCGGGCUACUACGAAGACGACAAUUUCGGAAUUCGAAUCGAGAAUAUCGUCAUGGUGAAGGAGGUCAAGACGAAGUACAGAUUCGGAGACAAGCCGUACUUUGGAUUCGAACAUGUGACGAUGGUGCCGAUGUGUAGGAAGUUGGUGAAUGUGGAGCUGUUGAGUGAGAAGGAGAGGGAGUGGUUGAAUGCGUAUCAUGCGGAGGUUUUGGCGAAGACUGCGCCGUUCUUCAAAGAGGAUGAGUUGACGAGGAAGUGGUUGGAGAGGGAGUGUCAGCCGUAUUAA